GUUCCUCUGGCUACGGAGUCUCCACAUUUCUGUGCUGGAUGUGAAGAGUACAGGGAGCCCGGCAGAAUCAGGAGGCAUCCAAGUCAGCAUCGGAGACAGCACCAGGUCGGAGCCGUACCGGGUGCAAUGAGCGCUCCGUGCCGGCCCUGCCAUGGAAGGCUGUGACUCGCCCGUCAUCCCUGGGAAGGACAAUGGGUGCGGCAUUCCUCAGCACCAGCAAUGGACUGAUCUCAACAGCGCCCACCUCCCUGACCCGGCCGGCAGCAUGGAGCAGCCCGCGGCGGAGAGCUGCGGCCCCCUGGACAGCCUGAGGGUGCCCUUCCCCGAGCGCGUCCCCGAGAGCAGCGCGGCGGGUCCCGGCGCCGAGCCCGCGGGCAAGGAGGUGAGCUGCGGGCAGUGCACGGCCUCCUUCGCCGGCCUGCAGAGCUACAUGGAGCACCGCUGUGCCGGCGCCCGCCCGCCCCCGCCGCUGCGGGGGGAGAGCGGGAGCGAGAGCAGCGAGGACGGCGAGGAGGAGAGCGACGUGGAGAACCUGGCCGGCGAGAUCGUCUACCAGCCCGACGGCUCAGCCUACAUCGUGGAGAGCCUCAGCCAGCUGGUGCAAAGCGGGGGCACCGGCGGCAGCGGGACUCUCCCCUCGCUGCUCCCGAACUCUCUGCCCAAGCAGGGAGAGCCCUCUGCUGCCGCUCCCGUCUACCCACAGAUCAUCAACACUUUCCACAUAGCCUCAUCCUUCGGGAAGUGGUUUGAGGGCUCAGACCAGGCCUUCCCGAAUACCUCAGCCCUGGCGGGCAUCAGCCCCGUCCUGCACAGCUUCCGCGUCUUUGAUGUGCGACACAAAAGCAACAAGGAUUACCUGAACAGCGACGGUUCUGCCAAAAGCUCCUGCGUAUCCAAAGAUGUUCCCAACAAUGUGGACCUGUCCAAAUUCGAUGGCUUUGUGCUCUAUGGGAAGAGGAAGCCCAUCCUGAUGUGUUUCUUGUGCAAGCUCUCCUUUGGGUAUGUCCGCUCGUUCGUGACCCAUGCCGUGCACGACCACCGAAUGACUCUGAGUGAGGAGGAGCGGAAAAUUCUUAGCAAUAAGAACAUCUCCGCUAUCAUCCAAGGGAUAGGCAAAGACAAGGAACCCCUUGUCAGCUUUCUGGAACCAAAAAACAAAACCUUUCAGCACCCUCUCGUUUCCGCAGCUAACCUCAUAGGCCCUGGACACAGUUUUUAUGGUAAAUUCAGUGGCAUUUGCAUGGAAGGUGAGCAGGCCCUCCAGGCCGGGGCGGCCAGUGGAGCUGAGCCGCCGGCAGCAGCGGGUGUCCUGGCCCCCAGUGCACUCCUCAACCUGGGUGGGCUGACCAGCUCGGCUCUGAAGACUCCCAUUACCUCAGUCCCCCUAGGCCCGCUGGCUUCCAGUCCCACCAAAUCCUCGGAGGGGAAGGACCCUGGGGUGGCAGGGGGGGAGAAGCAAGAGGGGGACGACCAGGACAGCCUCUCGGAAAAGGUGGAGCCAGCCGAGGAGGUGGAAGAGGAGGAGGAGGAGGAUGUGGAAGAGGAGGAGGAGGAAGAGGAAGAGGAGGAAGAGGAAGAAGAUGAGGAUGAUGAGGGUUGCAAAGGACUAUUUCCAAACGAGUUGGAGGACGAACUGGAGGACCGGCCCCAGGAGGAUGUUGGGGCUGUGGCAGGCAGUGGCAGCAGCAAAAAGGACCUUGCUCUCUCAAACCAAAGCAUUUCUAACUCUCCCUUAAUGCCUAACGUGCUCCAGACCCUGUCACGGGGCACGGCUUCUACUAGUUCUAAUUCUGCUUCUUCCUUUGUCUUUGAUGGUGCAAACAGGAGGAAUCACUUAAGCUUUAACAAUGAGGGCGGCGGAGCCAGUGUGGCCGAGGGCAGCAGGAGGCUGGACUUCAUCGAUGAAAGUGCCAAUAAAGACAAUGCCACAGCGCCAGAACCAAAUGAGAGUGCAGAGGGCGAGGACGGGAGCUACAUCUCCCAUCACCAGCAUGCUGGCCCCCUCUGUGAACUUGGGGGUGGGGAGUGCCCCUCGGGGAGCGGCGUGGAGUGCCCAAAGUGCGACACGGUCCUGGGCUCCUCGCGGUCACUGGGUGGCCACAUGACUAUGAUGCAUUCUCGCAACUCAUGUAAGACGCUCAAGUGUCCCAAGUGCAAUUGGCACUACAAGUACCAGCAGACGCUUGAGGCGCACAUGAAGGAGAAACAUCCUGAGCCGGGUGGCUCCUGCGUCUACUGCAAGAGCGGGCAGCCGCACCCGCGGCUGGCGCGGGGCGAGAGCUACACCUGUGGUUACAAACCCUUCCGCUGCGAGGUCUGUAACUACUCCACAACUACCAAAGGCAACCUCAGUAUUCAUAUGCAGUCCGACAAGCAUCUCAACAACAUGCAGAACCUGCAGAACGGAGGGGGAGAGCAAGUCUUCAGCCACACCGCGGGGGCGGCGGCGGCGGCAGCUGCUGCUGCGGCAGCCGCCGCCGCCAACAUCGGUAGCACCUGUGGGGCUCCCUCCCCCACCAAACCAAAAACCAAACCUACGUGGCGGUGCGAGGUGUGCGACUACGAGACCAACGUAGCGAGAAACCUUCGGAUUCACAUGACCAGUGAGAAGCACAUGCACAAUAUGAUGCUGCUUCAGCAAAACAUGUCCCAAAUCCAACAUAACCGGCACCUAGGCCUCGGCAGCCUGCCGUCCCCCGCCGAGGCCGAGCUCUACCAGUAUUACCUGGCGCAGAACAUGAACCUUCCCAACCUGAAGAUGGACAGCACUUCCUCAGAUGCACAGUUCAUGAUGGGGGGGUUCCAGCUCGAUCCCACCAACCCCAUGGCAACGAUGGCUCCAUCUCUAGUGGGUGGCGAGAUCCCGCUGGACAUGCGGCUGGGUGGUGGACAGCUGGUGUCCGAGGAGCUCAUGAACCUGGGUGAAAGUUUCACGCAGACGAAUGACCCGUCGCUGAAGCUCUUCCAGUGCGCUGUGUGCAACAAGUUCACUACAGAUAAUUUGGACAUGCUGGGCCUCCACAUGAACGUGGAGCGAAGCCUCCCCGAGGACGAGUGGAAGGCGGUGAUGGGGGACUCGUACCAGUGCAAGCUGUGCCGCUACAACACGCAGCUCAAGGCCAACUUCCAGCUGCACUGUAAGACGGACAAGCACGUGCAGAAAUACCAGCUGGUGGCACACAUCAAGGAGGGGGGCAAAGCCAACGAAUGGAGGCUCAAGUGCGUGGCCAUUGGGAACCCAGUCCAUCUGAAAUGCAACGCGUGUGACUACUACACCAACAGUCUGGAGAAGCUACGUCUUCACACCGUGAACUCGAGGCACGAGGCCAGCCUCAAGCUCUAUAAGCAUCUGCAGCACCAUGAGAGUGGAGUCGAGGGUGAAAGCUGCUACUACCACUGUGUGCUCUGUAACUACUCUACCAAGGCCAAGCUGAACCUCAUCCAGCACGUGCGCUCCAUGAAACACCAGCGCAGUGAAAGCCUCCGGAAGCUACAGCGCCUCCAGAAAGGUCUUCCUGAGGAGGAGGAGGACCUGGGACAGAUCUUCACCAUACGCAAGUGUCCAGCUGCCGAGGCCGAAGAACCCAGUGAAGAUGUGGAAGGUCCCAAUGAAACAGCUGGUGAUGUUGAGGAGCCUGCCAAGGAGCAAGAGAGUGGAGGGGACAAGGACCAGAGUAAAUGGACAGCACCAGCCAGCCAGCCAGAGAAGGAGCUGACAGAGCCUCCAGCAUCCUCUAAGCGGAUAUCGUUUCCCAGCAGCUCUGAGUCGCCUCUCUCCUUUAAGUGGUCAAAAACUUCAGAGGAGACCAAAUCAGAGCAGAUGUACCAGUGUCCAUAUUGCAAGUACAGCAACACGGACGUGAACCGGCUGCGGGUGCACGCCAUGACCCAGCACUCGGUGCAGCCCAUGCUCCGCUGCCCUCUCUGCCAGGACAUGCUGAACAACAAGAUCCACCUGCAGCUGCACCUCACCCACCUGCACAGCGUGUCACCUGACUGUGUCGAGAAACUCAUCAUGACGGUGACAACCCCUGAGGUGAUGAUGCCCAGCAGCAUGUUCCUCCCAGCAGCUGCUCCAGAGAAGGAUGGGAACUCGGGUGCAGAGGAGCUGGGGAAACAGUCCGAGAUCUCUGAGGAUGUGGGGAAGACCCUUUUGCCAUCGGACAGUGCAGAGCACAGCGGGGACCCCAAGCCCACUCCAGCUGAUCCGAGCGCUGCCCGGGAGGACUCUGGCUUCCUGUGCUGGAAGAAGGGCUGCAGCCAGGUGUUCAAGAGCUCAGCAGCCCUGCAGACACACUUCAACGAUGUCCAUGCCAAGCGGCCUCAGCUGCCGGUCUCCGACCGCCACGUCUACAAGUACCGCUGCAACCAGUGCAGCCUGGCCUUCAAAACCAUUGAGAAGCUGCAGCUCCAUUCCCAGUACCAUGUCAUCCGGGCAGCCACCAUGUGCUGCCUCUGCCAGCGCAGCUUCCGAACCUUCCAGGCCCUGAAGAAGCACCUGGAAACCAGCCACCUGGAGCUGAGUGAGGCUGACAUUCAGCAGCUGUAUGGUGGUCUUUUGGUCAACGGGGACCUCCUUGCUAUGGGUGACCCUUCACUUGCCGAGGACCACACAAUAAUAGUCGAGGAAGAUAAGGAAGAGGAGAGUGAUCUGGAAGAAAAGCAGAGCCCAACAGGCAGCGAUUCGGGGUCAGUGCAAGAGGACUCUGGCUCAGAACCAAAAAGGGCCUUACCCUUCAGGAAGGGCCCUAACUUCACUAUGGAGAAAUUUCUAGAUCCAUCUCGCCCAUACAAGUGUACAGUCUGCAAGGAGUCCUUCACGCAGAAGAACAUUCUCCUGGUACAUUACAAUUCCGUUUCUCAUCUGCAUAAACUGAAACGAGCCCUCCAAGAGUCUGCUACUGGGCAACCUGAGCCUACCAGCAGCCCAGACAACAAACCUUUCAAGUGUAACACCUGCAACGUGGCCUACAGCCAGAGCUCGACUCUGGAGAUCCACAUGAGGUCUGUCCUGCACCAGACCAAGGCUCGUGCGGCCAAGCUGGAGGCGGCUGGCGGCAGCAGCAACGGAGCCAGCAACAGCAGCAGCAGCAGCAGCAGCCUCUCCCUGGGUUCGUCCACACCGAGCCCUGUGAGUGCCAGCAACAGCAAUGCUUUUGCAACCACCAGCACGAGCACUUCAGGCACCACUCCCAUUCCCAGCCUCCUCAACCAGGUCUCCAGUGAUAGUGUGGGAAUUCCUCCCUUGGGUAAUGCUGUAAGCACUAACAUCUCCUCCCCUGCGGAGCCCAAAGAGGUGAACCGCAAGAAGCUGGCAGAUAUGAUUGCAUCCAGGCAGCAGCAGCAGCAGCAGCAGCAGCAGCAGCAGCAGCAACAAGCUCAAACCUUGGCACAGGCACAGGUCCAGGCCCACCUGCAGCAAGAGCUGCAGCAGCAGGCUGCUCUCCUGCAGUCCCAGCUCUUCAACCCAGCACUUUUGCCGCACUUUCCGAUGACCACUGAGACCCUUCUGCAGCUGCAGCAGCAGCAGCAUCUUCUGUUCCCAUUCUACAUCCCCAGUGCUGAGUUCCAGCUCAAUCCAGAAGUCACCUUGCCUGUCACCAGUGGUGCACUGACAUUGACUGGGACGGGUCCAAGUUUGCUGGAGGACCUGAAGGCACAAGUUCAGCUCCCUCAGCAGAGCCAUUCACAGCUCUUGCAGCAGCAGCAAGGUCAGCUGUCCCUGUCACAACCCCACUCCGUCCUGUUACAGCAGAGCCAGCACCCAGAGAAGAAGAAUAAAUCUGUCGUGAAGGAGAAAGAUAAAGAAACCCCACGGGAGAGUGCAGAGAGGGGAGACAAUAACGUACCACUGAAGGAGUCUCCUCCUGAUAACUUAAAGCCCAAAGAGAAGAAGGACUUUGUGCCGGGCAGCAGUUCAGAGCCCUCCAUACUGCCUCCACGGAUUGCUUCUGACGCGAGGGGCAACGCCACCAAAGCCUUGCUGGAAAACUUUGGCUUUGAGCUCGUCAUUCAGUACAACGAGAACAAGCAAAAGGGGCAGAAGAAAAGUGGGAAGACAGAGCAAGGUGAGAACUUGGAAAAGCUGGAGUGCGAUACAUGCGGCAAGCUCUUCUCAAACAUCCUCAUCCUGAAGAGCCACCAAGAGCACGUUCACCAACAUUACUUUCCCUUUAAGCAGUUAGAGAGAUUUGCCAAACAAUACAGAGAGCACUACGACAAACUGUACCCGCUGCGGCCGCAGACCCCAGAGCCGCCCCCCCCCGUCCCCCCGCCGCCCCCUCCGCUCCCUCCAGCUCCUCCUCAGCCGGCUGCUGCUCCUGCCAUCCCUACUUCUGCCCCACCAAUCACCUCUCCCACUAUCGCACCGGCCCAGCCAUCCGUGCCACUCACCCAGCUCUCCAUGCCGAUGGAGCUCCCCAUCUUCUCACCGCUCAUGAUGCAAACCAUGCCCCUGCAGACGUUACCAGCACAGCUGCCACCUCAGCUGGGCCCUGUAGACCCCCUGCCCGCUGACUUGGCCCAGUUGUACCAGCAUCAGCUCAACCCCAGCCUUCUCCAGCAGCAGCAGAACAAGAGGCCACGCACACGGAUCACCGAUGACCAGCUCAGAGUCCUUCGGCAGUAUUUUGACAUUAACAAUUCCCCAAGUGAGGAACAGAUCAAGGAGAUGGCAGACAAAUCUGGAUUGCCCCAGAAGGUGAUCAAGCACUGGUUCAGAAACACCCUGUUCAAGGAGCGCCAACGCAACAAGGACUCCCCGUACAACUUCAGCAACCCUCCCAUUACCAGUCUGGAAGAGCUGAAGAUAGACUCAAGGCCUCCUUCUCCAGAGCCUCAAAAGCAGGAGUACUGGGGAAGCAAGCGGUCCUCUCGGACGCGCUUCACCGACUACCAGCUCAGAGUCCUGCAAGACUUCUUUGAUGCCAAUGCUUACCCAAAGGAUGAUGAAUUUGAGCAGCUUUCUAACUUGCUGAACCUCCCAACGCGUGUUAUAGUGGUGUGGUUUCAGAAUGCCCGUCAGAAAGCUAGGAAAAACUAUGAGAAUCAGGGAGAAGGCAAAGAUGGGGAGCGACGGGAGCUCACAAAUGACAGGUACAUUAGAACAAGCAACUUGAACUACCAGUGCAAAAAGUGCAGUCUGGUCUUUCAGCGCAUUUUUGAUCUCAUUAAACACCAGAAAAAGCUUUGUUACAAAGAUGAGGAUGAGGAUGGCCAGGAUGAUAGCCAGAACGAAGACUCUAUGGAUGCAAUAGAGCUCUUGACUCCAACCAGUUCCUCCUGCAGCACACCGAUGCCCUCACAAGCUUACAGCACACCUACAUCUUCAGCCAAUGCGACCUCCUCAGCUUUUCUGCAGCUCACGGCAGAGGCAGACGAUUCCUCCACCUUUAGUUCUAAAGUAGAAGCUACAGAUGAGAAACCAAAGCAGUCUGAACCUCCAAGUACACAGCAAAACCAAACUCAAGAGAAGCAAGUGCAACCAAAGCAAGAGCCUCAGCAGCAACAGGACCAAGGAGAACAAAAGACAAGUUCAGCACACCAAAAGAUUUCACAGUUAUCCUCCCCCUCUUCGCUGCAACAGCCACCUCCUCCUCAGCCCCCUCAGUGCUCCUUGUCACAGUCAAGUCCAAGUCCAUCUCAGCUCUCACACCUCUCCCUCAAACCCAUUCACACGUCCACCCCUCAGCAGCUGGCAAACCUACCUCCUCAGCUAAUCCCAUACCAGUGUGACCAGUGCAAACUGGCAUUCCCUUCCUUCGAGCAUUGGCAAGAGCAUCAGCAGCUCCAUUUCCUGAGUGCACAGAACCAGUUUAUCCACCCCCCAUUCCUGGACAGAACACUGGAUAUGCCAUUCAUGCUUUUUGAUCCCAGUAAUCCGCUACUGGCAAGCCAGCUGCUGUCUGGAACGUUACCACAGAUUCCAGCAAGCUCAGCCACCUCGCCGUCAACUCCGACAUCCACCAUGAACACGCUGAAGAGAAAGCUGGAGGAAAAGGCCAGUGCAAGCCCUGGAGAGAAUGACAGUGGGACUGGGGGAGAAGAACCCCAAAGGGAUAAGCGUCUAAGGACAACCAUUACCCCUGAGCAGCUGGAAAUCCUGUACCAGAAAUACUUGCUCGACUCCAACCCCACACGGAAGAUGCUGGAUCACAUUGCACAUGAAGUGGGCUUGAAGAAGCGUGUGGUACAGGUUUGGUUCCAGAACACCCGUGCACGAGAGAGGAAGGGGCAGUUCAGAGCCGUGGGGCCUGCCCAAGCCCACAGACGGUGUCCCUUCUGCCGAGCUCUCUUUAAAGCAAAGACGGCUCUGGAAGCUCAUAUCCGAUCCCGUCACUGGCACGAGGCCAAGCGAGCUGGGUACAACCUGACGCUGUCCGCUAUGCUUCUAGACUGCGACGGGGGACUCCAGAUGAAAGGAGACAUCUUUGAUGGAGCCAGCUUUUCCCACAUGCCACCAACCAGCAGCGAUGGACAGAGCGUUCCCCUCUCCCCAGUGAACAAGAGUAUGGAACUGUCACCUAGAACCCUGCUGAGCCCAUCCUCCAUUAAGGUGGAAGGAGUUGAAGACUUUGAGAGUCCCUCCAUGUCCUCAGUCAAUCUGAACUUUGACCAGACAAAGCUGGACAACGACGACUGCUCUUCCGUCAAUACCGCGAUCACAGACACUACCACAGGAGACGAAGGGAACGCAGACAACGAUAGCGCAACAGGGAUUGCAACCGAAACCAAAUCCACGUCGGGACCCAGCGAAGGCCUGACUAAAGCAGCCAUGAUAGCAAUGUCCGAAUAUGAAGAUCGUCUGUCUUCUGGCCUGGUCAGCCCAGCUCCCAGCUUCUACAGCAAAGAGUACGACAAUGAAGGUACUGUGGACUAUAGUGAAACCUCCAGCCUUGCAGACCCCUGCUCGCCCAGCCCUGGUGCGAGUGGUUCAGCCAGCAAGUCUGGCGAAAGCGGCGACCGGCCUGGGCAGAAACGCUUUCGCACUCAGAUGACUAAUCUCCAGCUCAAGGUCCUUAAGUCAUGCUUUAAUGACUACAGGACACCAACCAUGCUGGAGUGUGAGGUCCUGGGCAAUGACAUUGGACUGCCAAAGAGAGUUGUUCAGGUCUGGUUCCAGAAUGCGAGGGCGAAAGAGAAGAAGUCAAAACUCAGCAUGGCCAAGCAUUUUGGUAUAAACCAAACAAGUUACGAGGGACCCAAAACAGAGUGCACUUUGUGUGGCAUCAAGUACAGCGCUCGGCUGUCUGUACGUGACCAUAUCUUCUCUCAACAGCAUAUCUCCAAAGUUAAAGAAACCAUUGGAAGUCAGUUGGAUAAGGAAAAGGAGUAUUUUGACCCAGCUACUGUACGUCAGUUGAUGGCUCAGCAGGAGCUGGACCGAAUCAAAAAAGCCAACGAGGUUCUUGGUCUGGCAGCUCAGCAGCAGGGCAUGUUUGACAACACGUCCCUGCAAGCUCUGAACCUUCCUGCUGCGUACCCAGCACUACAGGGCAUCCCUCCAGUCUUGCUCCCAGGCCUCAACAGCCCAUCCUUACCUGGCUUCACUCCAUCCAACACAGCUUUAACUUCUCCCAAACCCAAUCUGAUGGGCCUGCCCAGCACAAGCGUCCCUUCACCCGGCCUCCCCACCUCUGGAUUACCAAAUAAACAGCCCCCGGCCGCACUGAGCUCACCCACCCCAGCACAAGCCACGGCGGCCGUGGCCCCGCAGCAGCCGCCAGCCACCACCCCGCAGCCGCAGCAGCCACCCCCUGCACAGCGCAAGGAGAAGGAGAACGAGAAGGCAAAAGAGAAGGAGAAGGCACCCAAGGGGAAGGGGGACACCCUGCCAGGGCCCAAGAAGGAAAAGGGGGAGGCACCGGCAGGCACCCUCGCGGCCCCGCUGCCCACCAUGGAGUAUGCAGUGGAGCCUGCGCAGCUCCAGGCGCUGCAGGCCGCCCUGAAUUCGGACCCCACCACCUUGCUGACCAGCCAGUUCCUUCCUUACUUCGUCCCUGGCUUUUCCCCCUACUACGCCCCACAGAUCCCUGGCGCCCUGCAGAGCGGGUACCUGCAGCCCAUGUAUGGCAUGGAGGGGCUGUUCCCCUACAGCCCUGCACUGUCACAGGCGCUGCUGGGGCUGUCUCCUGGCUCACUGCUGCAGCAGUACCAGCAAUACCAGCAGAGUCUGCAGGAGGCAUUGCAGCAGCAGCAGCGACAGCAGCAGCAGCAGCAGCAACAGCAGCAGCAGCAGCAGCAGCAGAAACCGCAGCAGCCCAAAGGAAGCCAAACCCCCGUCCCCACGGGGGCUGCCACCCCGGACAAAGACCCUGCCAAAGAACCCCCCAAGCAAGAAGAGCAGAAGAACGCACCCCGCGAGGUGUCCCCCCUCCUGCCCAAACCCCAAGAAGAGCCCGAAGCGGAAGGCAAGGGCGCAGACUCGCUCUGCGACCCUUUCAUUGUCCCAAAGGUGCAGUACAAGCUGGUGUGCCGCAAGUGCCAGGCGUGCUUCGGCGACCAGGAGGCGGCCAGCGACCACCUGAAGUCCCUCUGCUUCUUCGGCCAGUCCGUGGCGAACCUGCAUGAGAUGGUGCUUCACGUGCCCACCGGCAGCGGCCAGGGCAGCGGCUCGUACCAGUGCGUGGCGUGCGAGAGCACGGUGUGUGGGGACGAAGCCCUCAGUCAGCAUCUCGAGUCAGCCCCGCACAAACAUCGAACAAUCACAAGAGCAGCAAGAAACGCCAAAGAGCACCCCAGUCUAUUACCUCACUCUGCCUGCCCCCCCGACCCCAGCACCGCAUCUACCUCGCAGUCGGCCGCUCACUCAAACGACAGCCCCCCGCCCCCCCGGCCCCCCCCGGCUUCCCCCCACGCCUCCAGAAAGCCCUGGCCCCCGGCAGCCCCGAGAGCCCCCCCUGGGCAGCCGCCGCCGCCGCCUUUCCCUCCUCUCUCCUCAUCUUCAACGGUUACCUCAAGUUCAUGCAGCACCUCAGGGGUUCAGCCCUCGAUGCCAACAGACGACUAUUCGGAGGAGUCUGACACGGAUCUUAGCCAAAAGUCAGAUGGACCGGCGAGCCCGGCGGAGGGGCCCCAGGACCCCGGCUGCCCUAAGGACAGUGGUCUAGCUAGCAUAGGAAUGGACACCUUCAGAUUGUAAGCUUUGAAGAUGAACAAUGAAAAUGAAUUUAAAUAAUAAAAAAAAAGUUAAUAACAAACCAAUUUCAAAAAUAGACUAACUGCAAUUCCAAAGCUUCUAACCAAAAAAAAACGGAAAAAAAGAAAAAAAAAAAAAGAAAAAAAGAAAAAGCGUGGGUUGUUUUCCCAUAUAACGAUGCCGGUGGGUUUUACAUUUCUUUUUUCCUUUCCUUUUAAUAAAAUAAAACUUAAAAAAAAGAAAAGAAAAAAAAAUCUGUUACAUUUGUCCUCUGGAAGGUACUGUUGGACUGGGAGACGAAGGCCGUGCUGCCUCCUCGCGCCUCGGAGCUCGCACCCCUGUACAUUGCCCCGUCUGAUCCCCCGUUGAUAGCACAGCAGAGCCCGGCAGCGCUGUAUGGGAAAGCAGCCCACCUGGAGACAGUUUUAAAUUUCUUGCUAUCUUAGCAUUCAGAUACCAAUGGCUUGCUAAAAGAAAAAAGAAAUGUAAUGUCUUUUUAUUCUCAGGUCAAUCGCUCACACUUUGUUCUGUUUUCAGAAUCAUUGUUUUAUAUAUAUAUAUAUAUAUACAUAUAUAUAUAAUUUCUUUCGUUUGUUUUGGGGGUUUUGUUUUGGUUUGGUUUUGUUCCAGAAAAGGAUUUUUUGUUGUUGUUGUUUUUUGGUUUUUUGGGUUGGUUUUUUUUUUGUUGUUGUUUUGUUUUGGUUUUUUUUUUUUUUAAUUUAAAAUGGGCAGAAAGUAUUCAAGAUAAAAACAAUGUGAACUGCUUUAGCUUUUCGGGGAUUUUAAGGGUAGCUUUUCUGCUGAAGCCAAUUCCAAGGGGAAAAGUUAAGCACUCCCACUUUUCAGAAAAAAAAAAAAAACCCACACAAAGAGUGUUGAGGACUUGGAGCUUAAAAAAAAAAGUUUUAAAACAACUGACUUUCUGUAUUUAUGAUAGAUAUGACCAUUUUUGGUGUUGAGUAGAUUGUUGCAUUGGAAAUGAACUGAAGCAGUAUGGUAGAUUUAAAAGAAAAAACCCUUUUGUGUACAUUUAGCUUUUGUAUGGUCCAGCUGACGGCUUCUCAUUUGAUGUUGUCUUGUUCAUUCCUAGACAGAUAGAUUGCGAUCCAUCGACUCGCCUGAGCUUUUCUCCCCUUUGUACCUUUAUCCCCGUCCCCAUCCUGUAAUCUUCCACUUAUGGUCGCUACCUUCAUUUCUUAGAGGGUGGUUGCAUAAUUAUUUUAUAAAAACUAAAGAAAGAAGUUCAAAGGGUUUUGGGGGUCAGUAGGAUCCCUUGCAGAAUAUUUUUUGUUGGGGGUUUGAAACUUUUUAAGGCAUAUACAUGCGAUUUACCUAUGUCUGUUACCCUUGUGCACUUAUUUUAUUCUUGUUUUCCAUUUCUCUUUUUUUUCUUCUCUUUUUCUUCCCCUCUUCCUUUACCCAUUUUGUAAAUGCUUCAAAGACUCUGUUCCUGACCUCCGAGCAUCGGUUCUGUUUGUGUAAUUAGGCUGCACUCUGUUCCUUCUUUUGGGGAAAAAAAAAAAAAAAAAAAAAAAGGUUUUGUUACAUUUUUUUUCUCUAAAGAAAAUUCAUGCUUUAAAUAAAAUCCAAAGACAUACCCUUCACCACUGGUGCAGAAUGAGCAAAAAGGAUUCUUUUUACUUGAGAAUUUGUUUCUGAUUUAAACAAACAAGUCUAAGUUUAAAUAAAGAAUAAAAAAACGUA